CCCAUUUAAGAGUGUGCACAAGAGAAGAUGUUCAGAGAACCUAGAGCCACGGUUCCCAGACGUGCCCACCCCAGCCAGACCAACAGCAUCUGCAGGAUCGCCAAUGGCCCUGCCCUGCUCUUUCUUGGUGGCCCUGGUGGUGCUCAGCUGCCACUCCCUCGGCUCUCUGGGAUGUGACCUGCCUCAGGACCAUGGUCUGCUGAACUGGAGGGCCUUGAUGCUCCUGCGACAAAUGAGGAGAGUCUCCCCUUUUUCCUGCCUGGGGGACAGAAAUGACUUUGCCUUCCCCCAAGAGGUGUUUGACGGCAAGCAGCUGCAGAAGGCUCAAGCCCUCUCUGUCGUCCAUGUGACAAACCAGAAGACCUUCCACCUCUUCUGCAGAGAGGCCUCACCUGCUCCCUGGAACACGACCCUCCUGGAGGAAUUGUGCUCAGGACUUUCUGAGCAGCUGGGCCACCUGGAAGCCUGUCCCCUGCAGGAGGCAGGGGUGGGAGAGAUGCCCCUGGUGAAUGGGGACUCCAUCCUGAGGAACUACUUCCAAAGAAUCUCCCUCUAUCUGCAAGAGAAGCAAUACAGCCCUUGUGCCUGGGAGAUGGUCAGAGCAGAGAUCAUGAAAGCUUUCUCUUCAUCAACAACCUUGCAAGAAAGGUUAAGGGGCAAGAAACGAGACCUGGUUCAACAUGGUGACGACUCUCACUGACAAAUAAUAUCAUACUUCCUUGU